AUGGAAACGACCCCAAACAUAGCAGAUAAACACAGAAUCUUUUUGCGGAUGUCAAGGAAGAAAAAGACGCUGAGUAUAAAACACAAAGAUUUACAGGCCUCAUAUACAAAGACACAAAAAGACAAUAAGACGAGGGCGCUCAGCACGAUGAUAAUGACGUACCUGGAGCAGAACAGCUUCAGAGGCAAAAUAUAA